AUGUCCGGCUCUGGAUAUGAUGCGGUAGUGGAUGUGGACGACGAGGGCGACCUCGGCCACACCGACCUCCAAGAGGAUCUCGAAUUCCACAGCUCCAACUUCAACGAGCCGUCGUCGUCAUCGCGCGGCCGCAAGGCGCCGGCAGCAGGCCUGCCCCCGCCAGCGACAUCCUCGUCGUCAUCGUCCAAGCGCUAUCUUUGGAGCAUGUCGUUUUAUGCGCAGUUCUUCGACGUCGACACAUCGGCUGUUCUGUCGCGCUGCUGGGCCGCCUUGUUCCCGCGCGCAAACUUCCUCGACGUGCUCGAGGGCAAUCCCGACUUGUACGGCCCGUUUUGGAUCGCCACGACGGUGGUGCUCAUUCUCUUCCUCGGCGGCACCAUCAGCCAGUACCUGUCAACCACGGGCAAGAGCCAGUUUGCCUACGACUUUAGACUAUUAAGCGGAGCCGCCGGCUUAAUCUACGGAUACACCUUGGUCAUCCCCGUGGCCCUGUUCCUCGCUCUACGGUACUUUGGAAGCGAGUCGGCGAACCUCCUGGAGUGCUGGGCGCUGUACGGAUAUUCAAAUCUAAUAUGGAUCCCUGUUGCCCUCAUUUCCUGGUCGCCAAUCUCUAUCCUUAACUGGGUCUUUGUUGGUGUCGGCUUCGGCCUGUCUGUGGUGUUCCUAGUACGAAACUUGUAUCCUGUUCUGAGCGCGACGGAUCGCCAGGUCAGCAAAAUCCUCUUGGUUAUUGUCAUUUUACUACAUGCCGGCCUUUCCUUGACGAUCAAGAUCCUGUUCUUUGCUCACGGAAGCCCGGUUGCGCGAUCUCCAGCGGGUGGAGAUGCCGAUAAAAAGCCAGAAUUUUAA